GCAAACUGAAGUGCAGACGGCUCUGCUUGGGCAUUAACAAUCACAGAGCACCUUUCCUAAGAAUAGGGGUUUGCUCCAGCUCCAGUCCUGUUAGCCAAAAUAGCCUCACCCUCCCAAUGGGGUGCACUGUGCUAUGCAUCUGGCUGAUUUCUCAACGCCAGAGGUGGGUGACUUAUAAAGUACUUUUGGAUCUUUGGAGAGGCCAGGUGCUACAUAAAUGUAACCCUGUUAUAAAUCAUAUUUAUUUACUAUUAUUGAUUUUGUUAUAGGGCUAGUGGCAACACAAUGCAACUAAGAGGUAGCAUGACUGGUGGGGCAUUAGGACCCAGAGGUUGCUGGGUGGAAGAGGUAGAAUCCCUUGCUCAGUGUCUGUCAUUCUCAGUGCUUCUGCAGCUUUGCUCUUGAUCUCCUUCCAUGGUGACUGAUCACCUCCUGCACGUACAGAGAGCAAGAGGCCUAGUUAGGACGUCCUCUCACUGGCCCAAUGGCAUCUCCCAGAACUGUAACCAUUGUGGCUCUCUCGGUGGCUCUGGGGCUUUUCUUUGUCUUCAUGGGGACGAUCAAAUUGACCCCAAGGCUCAGCAAAGAUGCCUACAAUGAGAUGAAACGAGCCUACAAAAGUUACGUCCGGGCCCUUCCCAUAUUGAAGAAGAUGGGAGUCAGCUCAAUCCUUCUCCGCAAGAGCAUUGGUGCCCUGGAGGUAGCAUGUGGAAUUGUCAUGACACUGGUGCCUGGACGCCCCAAGGACGUGGCCAACUUUUUCCUCCUGCUUCUCGUGCUCGCUGUGCUCUUUUUUCACCAGUUAGUGGGUGACCCACUCAAGCGCUAUGCCCACGCCCUUGUCUUUGGGAUCCUGCUCACUUGCCGCCUACUGAUCGCCCGCCAGCCUGAGGAGCAGCCACCUGAGAAGAAGAUCCUUUUGGUGAAUGGUAAUGAGCAGCCACUUGCCCACGAGGCAGCUCCUGAGAAAGGCAAAGUAAAGGUGUCUUAGAGGAAUGCAUUUGAGGGACAGCUCCAGGCAGCUCUCUCUCAAAAAAAACAAACAGUUUUUUUAAUUCUUUUUUGUUUUGUUUUGUUUGUUUAAAAGGUUGCAUUAGGGGCUUAGGAAAAACAGUAUGUCAGCCAAUCACCACAUGAUGGCUUGUGCAACCCAAACACCAUAGAACUACCCUCUUCCCUAACCAUAUACAUACACACUGUCUUUUAAUUAGUCCAUGGGGGAAAAAUGUACCUUGUUGAGUGUGUGUUCAUGGGAGGGAGCCCCUACUCAGAACCACCUCUGUGACAAGUCUUCUGUGUGGACUGGUUAUGGGGAAGAAGAUCUGUGAUCCGUUUAUACCUCACCUGCCUGGGUUUCCCCUUUGCAUGGGGUUUAACACUAGAGCAAUGAACUGGACAGAGAAACUAUUUUUCCUGCUUCCCAUGAGCAAUUGUUGCAUCACUCUCUCAGUGAAGAAUAAGGAUUAUGGAUUAGAACUGUCCAAAGGUUGGUAUUUGCCCAGUAGUAAACCCACAUACCUGUUGCUGGCAAAAAGAGCAGCCAUGGUCAGUGUCUCCCUCCAAAAAUAAAUAAGUAAAUAAAUAAAUCCCCUUUCCUGCCAACUGCUCACUGAGACUUUAUGGAAUUGCCAGCGAUUGUUAUGGGUGCCCAGGAUCCUCAUUCCACAUUCACACAGGAGGUCACGGAGCAAGUAGGGGAGCAGUCUUGUCACAAAGAGCCUGAUUCUCUCUGAUAUAUCUGAAAAUUUGGGAGAUGCAUUUAAAUUUUGUUACCUUUCUUGGUAUUUAUCUCUGUUGUUGUUUUUUUUAAUUACUCAUGAAAAUAAACUUUUUGAAAU